CUGUUGUCUGAUUGGUCAGAGCACACACACUGAACUCUAUCUCACUUCUCUCGGCUCAACAGGAAGUCAAUCAAUCAGUGGAAAGUGUUGCUGAACUUCGUCUCGUCUUUGUUACAGGUAUUUCUUCGCGGAUUUUCUGUAUCAGCAGAGCCCAGAGAGACAGACAGACAGACAGCAAGGACACUCACGGUUAAACGGUGGUGAUUCUACAACUGCAGGAUGCAGCCGGUAGAAGCACUAAAGGGGGUUUCUACUCAAAGCCAGCUGGUGAAUUCUCUGAAGGUGUAUCUGAACAACAAGAACAGACUACAACCCAUUAUUGGUCUGGGCAGUAUAAUAGAAUGUGUGAAAGCAGGUACAAACAAAGGAGAAGCACUUUACCUGUGUAAGGUGUGUGCGCGUCGAGUCAGUAAAGCUGACAUCCGUAACCACAUCAUGGGAAGCCUCCACAGAUACAACUACAUUAAAGUCUGGCACCCCCACUUAGUGUCAGAAUGGAAGGAGAACUCUGACCUUUCCAAGCUGGCCUGGCCACUGAUGGAGAAAGCCAAGAUUCUUGAGGGAACUGAGGGACCAGGAGAUGUCCAUUUGUUAGAGGUUCAAGAUACCGUCUACCAGAGGAUGGCUACAUGCAGUGAUAACGAUGUGGUAAAUCUGAUAAAUGUAUUAAAAGAUGGAUACAUUAAACGUGGGAGACAUUCAGAGCUGGAGCCGGAGCAGUCUCCCGUCCAAUCAAGUAGGAUUGUAUUGCUUGCCCGUAACCAACCGAGAUCACCCAGGACGAUCUCAGGCGGCUGGUUAAACGGCACGUGUAUGUCACUGUCCGACGACACCCGGGUGACACCUGAGUCUCCUUUGCUGUCUGAGAAGAGAGGCAGCCCUCUUAAUGACUAUACGGGAUGCAAGCCUCUUAUUGGUCUUUCCUGUGUGGUGGAGUGCAGAAGCGAAGCUGGCCACACACACUGUUUCUUAUGUCACUGCUGCCGCAUCAGGUCCAGCAAAAGGGACAUCGUCGAUCACCUGACCAGUUCAUCCCAUCUCAGGAACUACUUGAUGGAAAGUCAUCCUGAGCAGGUGGACGUUAUAACAGCAGACGUUAAUGAUCAUUGUCAGCUUCUCCAAUCGCUGGCCAGGGAAGUGGAGCAAGGGGAGGGCAGAGGCGAGCUGAAGGUGGUAAACGUACCAGAAUUACUCUGUGUCCAGCUGACUGGCAAAAGUUACCACUGGUGCAUGAAGAUGCUGUGUAAUGGAUGGACAAGCACUAAUGUCCAAAAGAAGAGAAUGGCUUCCAAAGGGCUAACUGUGGACAAGACUUCAAAUCAGGGAAUGCCGGAGAAUUGUGCCGCGGUGAUGAAGGUUACAUCAAAGAGGAAGAAGAGGAAAUGGAAAAAUACUGUGUUUAAGGUAAGCCUGCCUCUUACCAAAGGUUCAGUGCUGCUGGAGAGGACGUCGUUCAGCGUGGACAGCCUGCCUGUGGCAUCCGCAUACUUGCCUCCAUCCGACUCAGAUCUCACCUUCUCGCCAGAGUCUCGGGCAGAGGAGUGUGAGUUUGACAGGGACACUCCGUAUACCGUCGCAGAACUCACGCCAGAAGAAGUUCAGCAAGACCUCUGUAGCGGAGAUGCCGAAGCUGGUCAAUACACGAGACCAGAGAGAAACUCUGCUUGUUAUUACUUAAAGGUGGAUGGUGUGUUUAAUGACAAUGAGCAUUUCAACCAGUCUGAAUACCGAACUUGGACAAAAGACCCAAGGCUUUAUGGGGUGAACAGUGACAACAGAGAGUGCAGUUAUCAAGAAAGAUCAAGUGAGACUUAUGAAGGCCCACCAACACAAAAUAAGUGGCUGUCACCUUCCGUUUCCCACAUUCAGGCCUGGCCAGUGUAUAACUCUUCCUAUGGACGUUGGGAGGGUUGCACUGAGCAGUGGUACAGUUCAACCUCACAGAAUAGAGGUGACACAAGAGCUGAAGUGUCGAGCGAGGAGAGACUGGGUGAGAUGAACUCAGAUGUUACUCGGUAUUAUUUCCAACAACAGCCCCAAGACCAGUACAUGGCACAAAAUCCCACAAGUCUUGUGACAGGCAGUGUGGGGCAGUCUGGAGAAUUGGCUCCACAUGUUCGAGCUUCUUGGGUCAACGCCCAUCCUCAUGUAGGAGGUUCCCUUUCUCACAGUGGCAACAUUGCACCAGUGCAGAGAAUACCGUUUCUUCAGUAUGAACAGAGCCCAUGGCAGACAUACAUGGGGUGCAGCACUGGUCAUGUCCAGACAGCUCCGCAAAGUUACAUGAUGCAGCCUGCGGCCCAACAAGCCAUACAAGUAGGUCAAGGAGUGAUGUCUGACCCAAACCACAAUACUGGACCUGUGACAGAGCCUGAGCAGCAAUUUCCUCAUCCAGCUGUGAUAUGGAGCUCUUGCUAUCCUUAAUUUCAGAAUUGCUGUUUUUUUUUCAUUUUAGAUUGAACAGCUCCUUUUAUGCGCCCAUGUUGUUAUUCUGAAUAUAUUGCCACACCGAACUGAGACCAAAUUUCUGCGUCUCCAUUUAGUGAAAUCACACUCACAGCAUGGGUUUUAAACCAAGAUAAACAGGUCUGAUUUUUGUCAGAAAUGGGAAUCUCCUACUGGAGCGAUAUUUUGCUUGUAGUUAAGUUUUUCAGUAAUUCUUUUUUUCUUUUCUUUUUUUUGUAAAUUGUAUUGCUUCAGAACAAGAAGAGAGAAAGUUUGAACUCUUACUUGGGCUGUGCUUUAUAGAUAUAAAUAUAUUUAACUACCUACAUUUUCUUUUCGACCAAUAUGUUAUGUACAAGCUGUGCCUGAGUAACUAUUCAUUAGAUAAGUGACAGUUCACUUUAGGUUCAUGCUUGAAUACAUUUCUAUCAACUUUUGAAAAAAAUGUCCAUGUUGAAAAACAAGUUCAUAUACAUAAUGGCUUGAUUUUGACCUCUUUUGUCUACCACCGAAGAUAGUACAUUUAUGUUGACCAUGAUGUAUGAAUGACCAUGAGAUCAAAUUGAUUUUCUUUUGUUAUUUGUGGUAACUAAAUGCAUGUACUUCAGUACAGCCUAUAAGUACAUUGUUGAGGGACUUGUACUUAAUCACAUUCAUUUUAUCUUGCUUUACACUUCAACUGUAUUACAUUUCAAAGUGAUAUAGUGUACUUCUGUGUUCACUUAAAUGCAGUAGUUACAUUGAUUUAACAUAGAGAUGUGAUCAGCUUUUUAAAUAUGAUGCAUUGUUACAUAUUAAAGGCCUCACCUUGUUUUCGGGUGAGUUGCUGAUUAAAAAGUGUUAAAAGCCAUGCUGUGCCAUUCGUGCGGUCAUUAUGUACUUUAUGAUGAAACUGUAAACUGUCCUGUAACAAAGCUAACAAGUAAAACUUUUUUUUUGUUUGUUUGUUUUAAUCUGAAAGGGACUAUAAUGCAUUGUGAGCUUUUGGACUUUUUUUUAUUCAUUUAUUUUUUUACUUCAAGUACAUUUUGCUGUAAACAUUGUACUUUUACUCAAAUAGAAUUUUGAAUCCAGGGCCUUUAUCUUGUAACAGCAUUUUUCACACUAUGAUAUUGUAACUUAAGUAAAACAUUUCAACUUCUUCCACAA